GGGAGGGGAAAGGGAAGGCGGUACAUGGGGGCGUGUUGAGGGGGUCAGUCAGUCGGAAGUGUGGGUAGGAAGCUUUGCAUUCCCACGAUUGUCACCAGAAGCUCCUGAUAUCGGGCGAUCCGAUGGAAGCGAGGGAAGUGGGUACCACUAUGGGGGAGGGACGCGAGAUAGUCGGGGUAGAGAGUUGUAAAAGUGCGGAAGAGGGCCGUGUGGAACCGAUCAUGGUUGUCGMACGUGGGGAUAGUYCCCGUGAUCGUGCAAUAGACCUSGAUCAUAUUGUGGCCUCGCCACRCGACACUAAAGAGAAGGACGUGGAGGCAAAAGACAGGGGUGGCGCAGCGGGUAGAGGGGCGGGGUUGUACCGUGAUAGCGAGGCGGGUAGCGUAGAAGUGACGGAAGGUGUUGGUGGGGAAGGGGUUGUGGGGGAAAGAGACCGAGAUGGUGAUCUGGCGAAAGACGUCGACGAGGAGGGAGUUGACGAUGUUAGACUAACACGUGCAAGAUCAAGUAGGAUCCCGUACGUGUUCAGGACCCUAGACGAGGGAGAAGAAAGACGGCUUCGUGCCGAACGCAGAGCCCGUGCCCUAGCAGCAUCUAGGGCAGCAGCGAACGUCGCAGCUAGAGAACAGGCUGCAGCAGCAGCCAGGGCAGUAGCCAUGUCUGGCGCAGCAGCAGCCGGGGCUGCAUCUUCGUCAAGGACUAAUGGGAACCAGUUCGGAAUGCCACUGAGUUCCACGAGUUUCACGGGCACUUCCAGGUCAACAGGUUCUAGAAAGUCUUCUAGUCAAAUGGCGGGCUCGCAGUACAGCCCGUUGACUUCUCGCGAAAGGGAGAUGAGGGAGCUCCAACAAGUCGAAAGGGUCCGUGCACAAUUAGAGAAGGAACUAAAAGAGGCUACCGAUAGAGAAAAAGAGAUCAAGAACAGAACAACCAGGCUUGAAACGUUAGCGGCUAACAAGGCUGAGUUAGAGGGCAUGGACGACUCCGGAAUGAACAAGCCCAUGAAAGUGUUGAGGAACAACAUGCUGUCACUGCAUGCACACGUGGACAGCAGGUUGGACUUCAUGCAGAGCACUUUGGACCAGAUCCUGGACAUUUUGAGAAGGCUAGGAUUUAGGUCACCAGCACAAUCGUCGUUACCGUUGACGGCGAUGUCAGGCCCCUUUCCAGUUCAAGCUGGCACACUGCCAAGUGGUACGUCUGCAGCAGUCUCACAGACUGUUGCAUCUUCUUCUUCGAGUUCAGCGGUGAUUGCUACAUCACCGCAAGGGACAGCAGCAAGGUCACUGGUAUCCCAAAACCCCAAUGAAACCGCCUCUUGCCUUCUCAGGACCCUGCCUGAGGACGAAGUGGUAACUGCGGCAUCUUACCUAGAGGGUAAGGCAGCCAAGUGGCUAGAUGGUGUAGUUGUGAAGGCCGGGCAGUCCUUGAAUCAAGGUGGAACGGAGACCAUCACGAGAGGGGUGCAACGGCUCCACGUGGACGAAGGCGACGAAGCGGCUUUCGAUGAGCCUCUGGGUUGUGACGACGUAGACGGCGACAACGAUUGCAACUCCGACGAUUUGCCAGAGAUUAGCCCACUUGGGAGGAAGGUGACGAACGGCGGUGUGGGUGCGAAGAGGGGUCCCGCUCCGAAAAAUCGACGAAAUAAGAAAAUGGAUGAUAACACCGGCUGGAGCGAUGGCGAGGGCAGCCGAAACUUCUGGUCGACGAUGGGCAUCACGAGAAAGGGCGUCGACUGCGGGAAGAAAUGGGACAACUUGAUGCAGCAAUUCAAGAAGGUCCACAAGUUUCAGAACCUCUCUGGCGGGAAGGACUACUUCAAGCUUGCUUCAAAGGGCAGGCGAUCGGAGGGCUUCAACUUCCUCAUGGACCAGAGCGUGUACGACGAGAUGGAGGCCAGGACGAAGGGGGAUCAUACGAUCCACCCGAAGAAUUUGGCGGACACGGGGGCGGCCAGGGGGGUUCAGAUGCCGACAGGCGCGGGGGUUGGAGGGGAGACCAUGGCCAGUGAGGGUGGAGGGGAGGCAGCCGACGAGGAGCAGGGGUCGACGAAAGACUCCACAUUCAGCGUAGGGAGCGGCGGCGGUUAUGGGAAGAGGAAGAACAUGCGGCAACAAACUUUUAAGGUCGUCGCCGACGUCAUGGACAAGCAUGGUGCGCUCAUGGCGAGCACAAUGGAGAGCGCGAGCAAGCGGGAAUGCUCAAUGAUGUUACGUUAACCCUGCUACUGGUACCACCAAAUUCGGUGGAAGCCUAUGUCCGGGGAGGGGCCCUGGAUCACGGCUAUACUCAACUACGACGGGGGAGACGAGCUAAGACUGAGGAUCAACGUGGAGGGAGGAAAAAAGGAGGAGAUGCGAACUGAUGGAAAGCUACAGGACGCUAUCACGAAGACGAAAGACCGUGUGGAGAAGCGCUGCAGGAGGGGCGGCGUCACGGUGACAACGAAAAUGCAGGUAACGGUCUCGUAUCAUGAGACCGAGACCUCGAUGGACACGGCGGACUGGGAGCAGGCCCACCUGGAACGGGGCUCAGGUGGGGAGAGUGAGAUGAGCGAGGCGAAGGACCGGGAGACGGACCUCAGGUCCUGGAUCAGACCAGGCGAAAUCCAAAGGCAUCACCGGGCUGCAAAGCCGGUGGAAGAGGGACCUGAGGACAACUCACGACAGCUGACGCCCAGAGGCGGCAGGGCGGGAGAAAAAUAGAGCAAAGGGAAGAAACGGGUGUGAGGCGCGCGCGGGGACAGA